AGCAGCAGCAACAGCACCAGCACCACCACCACCAGCACCACCACCACCACCAGCACCACCAGCACCACCACCCACCAGCACCACCACCACCAGCACCACCACCAGCACCACCAACACCACCACCAACACCACCAGCACCACCACCAGCACCACCAGCACCACCACCCACCAGCACCACCACCCACCAGCACCACCACCAGCACCACCACCAGCACCACCAACACCACACCACACCACCAGCACCACCACCACCACCAGCACCACCAGCACCACCACCCACCAGCACCACCACCCACCAGCACCACCACCAGCACCACCACCAGCACCACCACCAGCAGCACCAGCACCACCACCAACACCACCACCAACACCACCAGCACCACCACCAGCACCACCACCAACACCACCAGCACCACCACCAACACCACCAGCACCAACACCACCAACACCACCACCACCAACACCACCAACACCACCAGCACCACCACCACCACCACCCACCACCAGCACCACCAGCACCACCACCAGCACCACCACCACUAGCACCCCCCUCCACCACCACCACCAGCAGCACCACCACCCCCCACCACCACCACCAGCACCACCAGCAGCACCACCACCAGCACCAGCAGCAGCACCAGCACCCCCCCACCACCACCAGCACCACCACCACCAGCACCACCACCAGCACCACCACCACCAGCACCAGCACCACCACCAGCACCACCAGCACCACCACAGACUCGCUGGGGUCUCUACUGGAGUCUGGUACCCUAUCAGACUCGGGGUCUCUACUGGAACCAGGGUCCCAUCACAACCAGGGUCCCUAUCAGAACCAGGGUCCCUAUCAGAACCAGGGUCCCCUAUCGGAGUUGGGGUCUCCGGACGAGGGAUGACGGAGAGACGGAUGAGUCCCGUGGAGCUACUGCAGUCAGGGCGGAUGGUCCGCGUCUCGGCGCCGAUGGUUCGAUACUCCAAGCUGGCGUUCCGCUCGCUGGUGCGGCGCUACGGCUGUGACCUCUGCUUCACGCCCAUGAUCCUGGCCGACGCCUUCGCGCGCUCGCUGCGUGCGCGCGACAGCGAGUUCACCACCAACGCAGCUGACCGUCCGCUCAUCGUCCAGUUUGCCGCCAACGACCCCUACGACCUCGCGGCGGCGUCGCUCGCCGUGACCCCGUACGCCGACGGCGUCGACCUCAACUGCGGCUGCCCCCAGCGCUGGGCCGUGUCCGAGGGCUACGGGGCGUGUCUCCUGGACAAACCCGAGCUGGUCAGGGACAUGGUGCGGCAAGUCCGAGCGCAGAUCCCCGACCCCAACUUCAGCGUCUCCAUCAAAAUACGGGUGCACGAGGACGUGGGCCGCACCGUGGAGCUGUGCCGGCGUGCCGAGGCGGUGGGGCUGUCCUUCGUGACGGUGCACGGCCGCACCGCCCAGGAGCGCCACCAGCCGGUGAGGAGGGACGCCGUGCGAGCCGUGAGCGACGCGCUCUCCGUGCCCGUCGUCGCCAACGGGGACGUGCGCACCGACGAGGAGGCGCGGCGGCUCGCCGAGGACACGGGCGCCAGCGGAGUGAUGGUGGCUCGUGGCCUGCUGACCAACCCCGCGCUGUUCGCCGGCUUCCCCGACACCCCGCUGGCGUGCGUCCGGGACUGGCUGGACUCGGCGCUGGCGCUUGGCGUCCCCUUCUGCUGCCUGCACCAGCACCUCGUGUUCAUGAUGGAGCGCCUGGCCUCGCGAGCCGACCGCCUCUCCUUCAACUCGCUGUCCAGCACCGCCGCCGUCGUAGACUUCCUGGCCGAGCGCUACGGAGUGUGAGAGCGCCAGAGGUCGCAACCGGGUACCCGAUACCCGUACCUUACCCGAUACCCGGCUACCCAGCCAGAUACGGGUACCCGUUUGCGACCCUGGUGCGGCCGGGUACGGGUACGGGUAGGCCGUGAGUCACUGGUGAGUCACCGUUUGUCACUCAUUUCCCAACGUCUUGUCUCUUCUCACAAUUCAAGUUCCUAGAAUCAACCCACCCGCGCCUGCAACGUGGCUUCAUCCCAGAGGUCGCAAUCAGGUACCCGUGUACGGCCGGGUACGGGUACCCGAUUGCGACCCUGGUGCGGCUGGGUACGGGUACGGGUAGGGAAUCAAAACCCGUUUGCGACCUCUGGAGAGCGCCACCGCGUUUUCGGGU